AGUAUCAUUGUGCUUCUAAAUCCAAGGCACCUUCUGAAAUGUAUUGUUUGUUGUUUAUAUUAUGAAUGAACAAUAUGGUUCAGGAGUACAGAAGACUGAAGUGUCUAAAGAGGAAGUUACUACCUCUAUAAAUAUACUAGUGCAUAGACACUGGGUUCUUACCAUUGUUCCUGAAAAUGUAUGUCUAUUAGCAGGUCAGCAUGUGAAUCUAAGGAAAUAUUUUACGGAGUUAACGCAUCAGUAUGCAGGGGGUUUGCACUUCUGCUGCAUCAGGCAGCAGUUUACACAGACACGUCCAGUAUUUCACAAAGACAUACAAAUGUGUGGUAAUAGUUAAUGAGAAUUUAGGUGAAACCUCUUAGAACUAGGACCGUAAAUGUGUGUCGUGAUGUGGGUAGAUUUUCCUUAUUUGUCCAUCCAGUCCUCCUAGUUUCCUGACUGUCUUUUAAUGUCUCAGACAGUUUUGUAGGGUCUGGAUUGUUGUAGACCGACUCCAAGUCCUCAGUAACCUACACCCAACCCCACCCCGCCUCUCCCAGGGUUCCUCCCAGGCAUUCUCCUUCUUUUGUGUUGUCCUGACAACAAAGGCCAAGGCUUGAGAAUUCACACUUUUCAAAUAAACCCGUGAUAAAUCUCACACCGCAAACCUUUUGGGGAAGAACGGAGAAGGAAGGGAACAGAAGUGAAAGAAAAUGAACAUUUCAUCCUAGAAACAUUUCAUCCAAGAAAGAAAACACUUUUUGUUUUAGACAUACUUGUUACAUGGAGUUAGCAGUACCUUUACAUGCAGCAAAUUAUAUCAAACCACCACCAACAGAGAGGCAGAGAGAGAGAUGUUACAGGGAGGCGGAGCCUUCAGGGUGCUUGAGGAAUGAUUGGCUAGCUGAGAGAGGAGAGGGAGGGAGGGGGGGCUGUCUGUCAUGAGUGGGUGCCACUCUCUCGUCCAGGGUUCCUGUGACAACUCAAGCUAUGUGCUGAGGACCCACUGUGGGAGAGACAGACAGACACACAGAAGUAGAGACAGACACAAACACGGAGGGAGUUGGAGAGAAGGAAGUCCUACAGAACAAUUGUGCUCACUGCCAGCUAUGGUGUGGAGUGUUUGGAUUCCUCGAAUGGACUUUUAAAUGGGCUGCGUUUCUGUUUAUGGGUUCUAACUAAAGCCAAUUCAAAGAAAUGGAGCAGAACGUCCUCGCCAAAGCUCUCUAUGACAACACGGCGGAGUGCUCAGACGAGCUGGCCUUCCGUAAGGGUGACAUCCUCACGGUGAUGGAUCAGAACGUGGCGGGCAGUGUCGGCUGGUGGAAGUGCUCCCUCCACGGGCGCCAGGGCUUCGCCCCGGCCAACCGCCUACUCCUCCUCUCCCCUUCCCAAGCGGAGGCGCUUUAUCCCCCCUCUAGACAAGCAGACAAGCCCUUCUCCGCGUUGGUCUCCCCGGUCGUCAGACAGGCUCCCCAGAACAUCUACCAGAUCCCCUCGGUGCCCAGGCAGUGUAGCUCCAGCCCGGCGUACGAGUGCAUGGAGCGGAUCUAUGAGGUGCCGUCCCCCGCCCCCGCCCCGGCCUGCUGGAGCCCUGGGCCUUCACCACACAGGCACAAGGGCAGAGGCUCACCCUCCAAGGGCAAAAACACAGCACCCAGCCCCACAGCGGAGGUGUAUGACGUACCAAGCCUGGUGCGAAAAGCUUCUCUCGUCAAUGUGUAUGCUGUGCCUCCAUCCAUAUCCCCGGAGCCCAGCUAUGACAUCCCUGUGCCCUCUGCCACUGAUGCCCAACAAAGACUGGCAUGCGGCUACAGCACUAUGCCGAUACCCCGUAAAUCCGAAUGGAUUUAUGAUGUCCCCGCGCCCUCAGAGAAACCUGGCACUGAGCAAGGGUACAGUUUUGGCACAAUGGCAGCAAACGUGGCGAGCGUGGCGAGCGAGGCGAGCGCGGGGGAAACGCUGUAUGACUCUUUACCCGCUCGCAUCUGGCCUCCAAAAAUCUCUAGCCGUGGAUCAGACAUGUCCCUCUACGACAUCCCAAAACCUAGCCCGAACCUGCCCCAGGGAGUGGGAGCAAUCAGCCCUGCCGGUAUUUACGACAUCCCUCCGGGACAGAAGCACCUAGAGGUGCACAAGAAUUCCCCGGUUUCCCAAGGAGCCCUGUUCUCCCAAGGGGAGUCGUUCUCCCCCAAAGGCCAUGUGCCGCUGGAGUGCCGUGCGAACUGCGGCCCUACAUACACCCACCCGCGCGGCCGGCUGCCCCUGGGCCUCAUGUCCCUGCUGGAGGAGGAUGUGCGCGGGGAGCAGAGGUCGGGCAGUCGCACAUCCCGCUCAUCCACUGCUGACAGCCAGCGGAUCAGCACAGCCUCCACCUCCUCCACUGCAUCCACCUCCUCCACCAGCUCCUGCGACUCACUCACGCUCAGCUCCUCCUCGCCCGAGCUCCUGCGGGAGGUGUCACUCCCACAAGACGAGGCUUGCCGGCAGCUGGUGGAGCUGCAGGACGAGGUGUGCAGGG